AUGCCCAAACACAAGUGCCCAUUCCCCGAAUGCACUUACGAGACAGAGGACAUUUCUGACGAACUUGCUGUUGUCAUGAUAACCAUCCAUAACACUGGAGCACACACCAACACACCUGCCCCCACACAACUGACACAAGCAUGCAAAGUGGAAAGAGUAAAACGCCCGAACGUCUGUGCUGGAGGGUCCAGUGAAGAGUGGUCGUAUUUCAUCACACGAUGGCAAGAAUAUGCUGAAGCUACAAAAAUACAAGGGAAGGAGAAAGUAAUACAACUACUUGAAUGUUGCGACGAGAACUUGCGAAAGGACAUGACCCGAAACGAAGGGGGCUCACUCGUGGAUAAGACAGCUGACGAAGUAAUGGCCGCUAUCAAGAAGCUUGCAGUACGCGCUGAAAACAUAAUGGUCGCACGAGUAGAACUGCAUAACAUGCAACAAGACCGGGACGAGCCAAUCCGACAUUUUGAAGCAAGACUGCGUGGCCAAGCCAACAUUUGCAAGUUUACUAUUCCCUGCCCUACUUGUAAUGUCGAUCUUAACUACACUGAACAGAUCCUACGUGACAUUGUGACCCGCGGCCUCGCGGACCAUGAAAUCCAGCUGGAUCUCUUAGGCGACAAAAACCAAGACAUGUCACUAGAAGAAGUCAUCCAAUUCAUUGAGGCAAAGGAAGCCGGAAAACGGUCGGCUGGUCGUUUACAGGAAGCACAAUCGCUGAAUGCCACCCGCAGUCAGUAUUAUAAAGCCAAACGAGAUGGACUCAAGUCCCAACACCUCACCACCAAAGACACAUGCUACUAUUGCGGACAAAAUGGUCAUGGCAAACGCGCUUCAAAAUCCAUCCGAAAACAUUCCUGCCCUGCUUACGGCAAAACAUGUGGGCAUUGUGGUCGACCAAACCAUAUAGAAACCGUCUGCCUACAGAAAACGAAACCCAAACCACCAUUACCUCAGAAAGCAAAUAAUGAUCAGGAAGGCGCCAUCUUCGAUUCCCUCUGCUCCACUUCCUGUGGCAUAUCGAUAGACCACCACCUUUACAACCAAUUGAAUGACUGCUGGGUUCGCCAAUCAUCGAAACCACAACCAUUCAUUACACUCGCAACCACAGUGUGCCCAGAGGACUACAAGACCUUUGGCAUGACUCCUCCAGAAAUCCCCCGCAGGCGACUCCAAAUACCUGUCAUGGCUGACACUGGCUGCCAGAGCUGCCUGGCCAGCAUGAAGAUCAUUGAACGCUUUGGCCUCCAACAAAAAGAUCUCAUCCCUGUCACUAUGCGCAUGGUAGCAGCUAACAACAAAGGGAUCAAUAUACUUGGAGCAACCAUCCUACGCUUCUCCGGCAGGUCGAAGUCUGGUGCAACACUGGAAACCCGGCAAAUAACCUACGUGACCAGUGACUCUGAAAGAUUAUUCCUCAGCAGGGAAGCAUGUGUAGCCCUUGGUAUGAUUUCUGAAACAUUUCCCACUGUCGGUGAAGCAUCACCUUUAAUCACCUUACCACCAUCUGACGCGUCACCAGGAAACACCAACACCACCCCAAAGCAAACACCACAAAGUGCACUCACAGCACCAUGCAACUGUCCACUGCGCCAGAAACCACCGCCUCGACCUACACAACCACCCUUCCCUGCCAACAAUGCUAAUCGAGCACACCUCCAACAGUGGCUCCUUGACUACUAUGCUGCCAGUACCUUCAAUACAUGCGAACAUCAGCCCCUCCCACUUAUGCACGGUCCACCAAUGCGGCUUAUGGUCAACCCAGAUGCCACCCCGGUAGCACACCAUACCCCUAUACCAGUACCACUACACUGGCAAGAGGAUGUCAAAGCUGGUCUUGACCGCGAUGUGGCAUUGGGCGUCCUUGAGCCAGUACCAAUUGGCGAACCCGUCACCUGGUGUCAUCGAAUGGUCGUUUGCGCUAAGAAGAAUGGCCAGCCUCGCAGGACAGUUGACCUCCAAGCCUUAAACCUACAUGCCACCCGCGAAACCCACCACACCCAAAGCCCGUUCCACCAGGCUAGAUCUGUGCCUACCAACAAGAAAAAAACCAUCUUCGACUGUUGGAAUGGCUACCAUAGUGUUGCUAUACACCCUGACGACCGCCAUCUUACCACCUUUAUAACUCCAUGGGGCCGAUUUCGCUACAAGACUGCCCCCCAAGGGUACAUUGCAUCUGGUGAUGGCUUCUCGCGACGUUUCGACGAGAUUGUCUCGGAUAUUCCAGACAAAACGAAAUGUAUUGAUGAUGCACUUCUCUGGGCUGACAACAUCGAAGGCAGUUUUUCCAAGCAGUAG